AUGGAUUUUUCGGGCUUCCCAGGAAUUUACCUGAAUGAUGCGUAUGUCCUGGGGCCUGCGGGAGAGGUCCUGCGGGAUAGUCCCCUAGCGCACGACACUCUGAAGCACAUCCUCCAAAUUAUCAAGGAAGCGGGGUUGUUAGACAAGGCUAGUCGCCCGACGGCAUUUGAAGUGUUGCAGCCCGGGAUUGACAAGGGGGAGGUACUGCGGCUUCUGUCUGCGGUCUUGGGGAUUUCGCCGGAAGAAGUCUUAGCUGUAGGUAACGCCCACAACGACUUGCCAAUGUUCAAAGUAGCAGGCACAGCAGUGGCGGUUAAGGACGGAUAUGACGACGCGAAGGAAGCAGUAGACUUCAUAACAGUUCCCAACACCGAAGGCGCGCUGGUGCAGGUGUUGCUGUACGUAAAAGCCCACCUCUACCUCCACUCGCCGUCGCAUGAGGGCACUGCCACAGUACUCAGCUCAGUGGAGGCAGCCCGAGCAACAAGUGCGAUGGAUGCCGACGACCACCUCAUUAUUCAUUUAUUCCGUUUCCCUUACGGAGGUGCGAAGAAUGGGUGGUUCUAUUUCCGCAGCGGAGUGCAAGCAAUACGAGGAACAAGUCAUAUGGGUAUCGACGAUCACCUCAUUGUUUGA